GCCGAUAACUCGUCGAGCGGCUCUACACAUACUUAGCUGCUUCUAGAUCUAACAUUUCGGUGUUUAAAGUUUUUGAUUUUUGGGCUGUAGCAGAAUUAAAGAGAAAGACUCCAAAGAAAAAAAAACAACUCCAUCAUGUCCAUGUUCCUCCGCAAACGCCACGACCCCUCCUCCGGAGUAGACACGCCUCUCGUGUUCGAGCCGGCGCCGCCGAGUGGGAGCACCUUGGUCGUGGUGAUUAACCAAAGCGGGAAGGUUUUCGAGAAACGCGCCACGCUUAACACGCCGAUACGGCAAGAGGGGAACUUCAUCAGGAAUUUGGGCCUCGAAGCGACCGAAUUGCUGCAGAUUGUCAAAAUCGCGGAGAGUUCGUUUGCCGCAUCUGAAUCUACUUUCUCAUCCUACGGCCACAACGAGCAUGAGCAGCUCCUUCCGCAUACGGUUGAAAGGUCGAACAGGUCCAAACGCUGCCGGGCGAUACCACUGAAUGCAGAGUCCAAGUCCUUCAUCGCACCAGCGGCUUACAAGUUCAUCCUACUACUCGAUGAAAAAUCGCGGAGAUCGGUUGUAACCGACUUCGCGGACAUCUCUCCUAGAGCUAAUAAUGCGACCACCGGAAGUGCUGGAAACCAAAAAGCAUCAUCAUCUGCAUCAGAGAACUUCGAUCCAGCAACACAGGGAGGUGGCUCGAGCGAGGUCGAGCUGCAAGAAAGGUCUUCCGCGGUGCAGAUGAAUUCCGCGACAGCGGACGAUCUUCGGAACCUGUUCAAACAAGAAAUGGACGUGAACCGGUCGGUAUCAAAUGUAAAAAUGUUUGGUUCUGGAAGAUUGCGAGGUCUGUCAUGCUUGUCUGGCAUGACCAAAAAGUUUGUGAUGCGUGUCCAAGAAGAGACCCUUUUGCCUGUCAUGCAAAAACGCAGUUUGUCAUGCGAAAAACGCAACACAAAGAAGCUGAAGCGCAGAUAUUUCUCAUGCUUGGCUGUGCAUUACAGAGCAUUCGCUAUUCCCAACGCAGCAUUACAAGCUUCCAGACCCAGACAUUUUUGCAAUGCAUAGUCGGGGGUUCUGUGCAGGGCGGAGCUGCGGUAUUUCCUCUACCAUCUGCAACUAACCGAUGCGGAGUUUGACACGCUUUUCACGAAACUAGACAUCGAGAAGAACGGGAUUAUUUCGAUCGACGAGUUGCUGAUCAAACUGCAAAUGGAACUGAUGUUGGCCGAUUGUAGCGACCUGAACAAGGAGAAAAAGCACGCCCGGGAGUAUGACCCGCUCAGACGUUACAAUCUCAACUGUUACAAUAGAAUCUGGAAAUAUGUGAUGCAAGAGCUGCAUGAUCUAGCCUACUCCCAUAGGAUUGCGCAUGACAAGUUUCGGAGUCCCAAACCCACCUCAAAUCCGGCAAAAUUUGUAUUGCGAAAAGCUCAACUCUCUCUGCGUUCCUCAUGCUUUUCAUGCAAUACAAAUUCCAGAUUCUGUUGUAACGCUUGAGAUCAUUGUAACGUUUGAGCAGGCCAUAGGGAGGUGCUGGAGCAGUGGGCAUUGGUGGAACUGAAUCGCCGGCCGGAAAUGCCGUAUCCUGAGUAAAAACGUCCCCACCGCAUACUGCAAAAUCAGCUACACAAAUCGACCAGAGUUGGUUGCUUCGCAUGGCAAGAGGUUUGUCCCCGUAGUGUAGUCCUGUUUAGCUAGUUCAGCAGCAUCACAGACCUAGCGCAUCACGCUGAUGAAAGCAACACAAAUUCCAAAACACGGCGACAAAAUGCUUCGCAUGGGGCUCCGCAUGAGAAACUUUUCCGGCAUGCAGAUUUGCACAACAACUCUGGGAUGGGGAUGUUUUUACGCAGAACAUGCCGGCGUUCGUCACCAUCAAUCCUUACGCAAACUAUCCUGUGCAAAAGUAUCGUACUCGUAUUGCAAUCAUGCAUUACAAAUCUUGUUCUUAAGGCAAAUCCGCAUUACAAAUUUUCUUUCUCAUGCUGAGGAAAUUUGUAAUGCAUUUAUACGAGUACGAUACUUUUGCAAUGCAUACAAACGAUCCGGAGGGAAUGCCAGCCGUAAUGAAGAUGACACCAGCUAACGUCUUCGAUUACGGUGGAGCUCCUCAAGCGGGUCCUGGUGGGGGCUUUCAAGCCAUGAUGGAUCAGCGGUUUGCAGCCCCACAGGAGGAAGCAGUAGUAGUAGAACAGCCCGGACUUCCACAGACAAAAAUCGACACCACGAAAUGGAUGGGCGUGAGCAUCAAGAAGCAGCAACUCACCACUACUGCUAAUUCCGGAGGUGAACAGCAAACAAGUUCCACGACUGCCGCCCCAGCCGAUGAACAACCAUGCACCGGCACGGACCUUUGCGCCCUUAUCGGCUACUUCUUCCAUUAUGCAUUGCCAAAGUAUCGUACUCGUAUAAAUGCAUUACAAAUUUCCCCAGCAUGAGAAAUAAAAUUUGUCAUGCGGAUUUACCUUCAGAAGGAAAUUUGUGAUGCAUGACUGCAAUCACUACGAGUGCGAUCCUUUUGCCCAGGAUACCCAUAUCGGCGGACUGAUUUUCCUGGCCCUGAUUUCCACCGUCCUAGACGAAUUGAUCGUGCGCAUGCACUUCCUCGUCCUCCCGAUGGUGCUCAUCGGCACACUGCUUGGCGCCGGGUGCUACUACGGAGCCAUUUCCCGGAUGCGGUUCCUGGAGGCGCUGCAAAGCGAGCCCGUGGUGGGAAUUCCGAAGGUCGCGGCGCGGAUCAAAGACUGCCAAGAAGCGACGGUCACUUUUGAGUGGAAGAUUGCCUGUUACCACACGGUGACCACCACGACUGGCUCCGGGAAAAACCGGAGGACGACAACUAAACGGGUCUACACGCACCGAAACAGCUUCUUCGGAGAGCUGAAGGUGACGGACGUGAGUGAGAAAUUCGAACCAAAAACAACCGCCGUAAACCCGAAGACGAAACAGGUAGAGCCGAUUGCGUUCACUCGGAUGCAGACGGAUUUGAAAAUUGACUUUACGCAGAGCGAUUACCAAGCGACCUUUCAGCAGUGGGUGCAGGCGAAUUGGAAGGACAGAUCCGCGGACUACUCAACCAAGGAAACGAUAUGGCAGUGCACAACUCCCCCUCCACCCCAUUUGUAUAGCAUGAACGCCAAUACAAGCAUCAGCAAGAAUGCCAGUUCUGCAUGACAAAUUUCCACUGGGUUGCAGUGCUCUUCGGGGUGCCAGAACUUGUCAUGCAAGCAGUGCGAUAAGGCACCGAGUGGAUUCGGGGACUUGCAUGACAAAUGAGGGGUAGGGGUAGUUGUGCACUGUCAUAAACGAUUGGAGAAAUCGAGAAGGAUUUUCUCGCGCAGUGGUUUGAGGGGGUGGAAUAUCCUCUGCAAAAGUAUCGUACUCGUAGUAAUUGCAAUCAUGCAUUAGCAUUACAAAUCUUUUCCUAAAUGUAAAUCCGCAUUCCAAAUUUCAUUUCUCAUGCUGAGGAAAUCUGUAAUGCAUUCAUACGAGUGCGAUACUUUUGCAAUGCAUAUGGAAAAGCCGUGGUUUUUGCAGGAAAAAUACCUGAGUUACGCCAAGUGCUUCGGCUGCAUGACGUGUCUGAAAUCAAUUGUGAUAAACAGGAUCGCCAGACAGUACGUGGAAUUUCGAAAAAUCGCACAUCCGAUGGUCACGAAACCACCGAUGAUUUUUUGAUCACACUUGUGAAGAACUUCUGCAGCUUCAUCUGGAGAACAAAGGAUCAAAUUUUUAGUUUCAUUACCGAU